CUGCCGUUGGCUGCCAGCAGAAGCGCCCCACUGUCGUUGCCGUGGCGAGACGUGCUUGUGCGCCCGCCGACGCCCAAAACGGGGAGACCCGCAAGCGUCUUGCCUGCCUUUGUGUACUGGAACGCAACCGCAGAAACCAGCCGGCUUCUUCUUUGAUCUUUGUCUUUUCUCGUCUUCUUCUAUUCGUCCUCCUUUCUUUGCUCCCUGAUUUGUAGCUCCUCUUUCUAGAAUUGAUUUCUCCCAUUGUCAUCAACGAGACGAUAGAUAUCUCUGCUGUCCUCUCUCCUCCUUCACCACGGCAAGCAGCACAAUCAACAAUAUCGCCCACCACUACCAUCACCCAACUCGAUACACCUCGCCUCAUAUCAACACGAUUCAAACAUGUCAUUCGCAAUGGAGAAUGCGCAGAACUCUGCUCCCGGUAGCGUUCAGGCAGCCAAGCUUAAUGCAUCCCGCAAAGGCCCUGACGCACAGAGCGUAACGAAGCGACUUCAAACCGAGCUUAUGCAGCUCAUGACAUCGCCAGCACCUGGUGUAUCAGCCUUCCCGUCCGCUGAUGGCAACCUUUUGUCUUGGACAGCAACCAUUGAAGGACCCGAUGACACCCCAUACUCCGGAUUGACCUUCAAGCUCAGCUUUGCCUUUCCUUCGAAUUACCCAUACGCACCUCCUACUGUUUUGUUCAAGACACCCAUCUACCACCCAAAUGUCGACUUCUCUGGUCGCAUUUGCUUAGACAUCCUCAAGGAUAAGUGGACAGCGGCGUACAACAUCCAGACUGUUCUCCUCAGUUUGCAGAGCUUGCUAGGUGAACCAAACAACUCUUCUCCUCUGAACGGAGAGGCCGCUGAGCUCUGGGACCAAGACACAGAGGAGUUCCAGCGAAAGGUGACGGCACGCCACCGUGACAUUGAAGAUGAGUAAAUAAUGUGUGAUGAAAACGUUUGCACUUGAAAUGCAUUGGAGAACGGGUGUCUGGUUUGGUCUUUGCUUGCGCUGUUUUGAUUAGCAUUUUUGCGAGGUGGGACUGGAUAUAUCGCUUUUGGCUUUCGGACGGGCAAAUCCUUUGCUCAGGUUAUGAAUAGUUGUAGAUUUGUUUCAUACAAAAUUCAAGCCGCUAUUGUACAUCAUCAUCAGCCCAUUGAUGCACAGAACAAUAACAAUCUUUACGACGAAGCUGUCAGUGUUGAUCAUGCGCGUGGAUGUUAGAUGUCAAGAUGAUGAGAGUCCAUGCAUUAGUAGAAAUUGGAUCUUACGUCCUGUUUAUUUUCUGCAUGAAAAGCUAGAAAAGCCGGUUGCAACUCCAAAAUGCCAAAUGCCACCAUAAACCAUUCAAAUUUUCCACACCCAAGAGCCUAACUCCAUUUUACUCUUCAACAACAACGGUGUGGAGGCCCUUGGGGUUCUUAACGUUAACGGCCUGCACGUAGCUGUAAAGCUUCUCCUUGGCACCCUCCUCGUCGUUUCUUCUGCGGGAAAUGCGGACGCGGAGUCUGUAGGCAACACCCUUAACACCCUGCUCCCAGACCUUCUUGUUAAGCACGGGGUCCACGCGGACAUCGGUGGUACCCUAUUAAAAUAACCUGGUUAGCAAAAACAAACUCGCCUCAGUUGUGCUCCGACUGCUGAUCCUCUUUCAACAGGCUACUGUAGUCUUGUGGCAGCACAGGGCCGUCGAAUUCGGAAGCUGGUCGUCGAGCGACUUGGGAUAUUUCAUCUUCGUACCAUAGCGCGGGUGGCGAAAGCCUUGAUCUCUCUGAUAGCGCGGGGAGCUCUCUUCUUGAAUGUGACACCGUGCAUCUUAAAAACGCAACCAUGUUAGCCUUUGCUGUUCUUCCAGUAUGUGUUUCGACCUCGUGAGGGUGGCUUGAUGCGACAAGCUUCGGCUCGGCAAAAGUCUUUCGCUCAGGAUUCGGAAUCGACCUACUCUCUUGUGCAUGUGGAUGGUGUAUUCGCGAGCAACAACGUCCGCAAUGGCGGAGCGCUGAGCCUUACCGGCAGGAGCCUUUCCCUUGGACGACAUUUCUGAAAAUUUGACGUUAGUAUUUGGUUGAUGCGGAUGACGUAUGGCGGCAGUAGCGAGGAAUAAGGGUGCAGUACGUCAAACAAUAUGUUGAACGAUGUUGUAUAGACGUAGAAGAGGUGGAAUUGACAGGUUUUAUUCGUACCUUCGGAGUGUCUCGUUAUGGC